CGCUCAGACUCGACCAAUCAAACACCGAUCGCCGAGCAGACGGAACAGCAAGAUGGCGCAGGCUAUAUUUGAGGUGCUCGAAGGCAUGGACAACCAGACAGUGUUGGCUGUCCAGUCCUUGCUGGAUGGUCAAGGAGGAGUUCCUGACCCCGGCAACCCAAACGUCUCAGGGACUACGACCAUCCAGUCUAUGGACGACGAGGACGUGUUCUUGUGCGGCAAAUGUAAGAAACAGUUCAACUCCCUGCCGGUGUUCAUGGCGCACAAGAGGGAGCCGUGCCAGUCCGGCGCCCCCUCCCUCUCCACCGUGUCCUUGGCCUCCACCAACGCCUACACGCCCGUGCCCUCCAUCACCUCAGGCCAGCCGACCAACGCCAACAGGCAGGUGUCUACUUACAUCACCGUCCCUCCGUCCCCUCUGACACACACUCUGGUCCAAGGCAACGUGCUGGUCAGUGACGACGUCCUCAUGUCGGCCAUCUCAGCCUUCACUUCCAUUGACCAGCCUAUGGCGGCCAUGCAGGCGCCUAUACAGAGCAACCCAAGCAUGCACACGACUGGCAUAUCCUACCUUCAGCCCCUCCACCAUCACCACCACCACCAUCAUCACCAUCAGCACCAGCAGCAGCAGCCGUCCUCGCACCCCCUGGCCUCAGGCCAGACUCCAGCCCACCCCUUACCUGCAGGACAGCCCAGUUUGCCCUCUUCGCACGUCCCCGCCAGCCACAGCAACUCAGUGGUCCAAGUCUACAGCACACUGCCACACAUGGCCACCGGUGGUAAUGCGGAGAUCCACACCCUGGGUCUGCAUCCCUUCCAUUCUGUGCAGGUGCCCAGCCAGUGUGUGGAGAGCCAGUCAUUCACCACCCCUCCCGUCUACAGUCCAGGUAAACUGGGCAUCAAAACCAAGACGUGCAGCAUCACCGCCAACACCACGGAGAUGAGCGAGUAUGAAAAACUCGUCGGUUCCAAACGGCCGCAGAAUAGCAAAAAAAGCCAAGAUGCAGCCACAGCAGAGUCGUUGAAAGCCAAAGGUCUGAAGCUAAAGUGCAACUUCUGUGACAAAAUCUUCUCCAAGAACUUUGACCUCCAGCAGCACAUUAGGAGUCACACGGGAGAGAAACCAUUUCAGUGCAUCGUGUGCGGUCGAGCCUUUGCCCAAAAGUCCAACGUGAAGAAACACAUGCAGACGCACAAGGUGUGGCCUCGAGGCGUGGCCAGCACGGUGUCAAGGCUACCAAUCACAGUAAAGGUGAUGGCGGUGUCAAGCAGUGAGGAGGAAGCUAAGCAGCAGCAGCAGUGUAACCAGCAUGAGGCGGCGGAGGGAGACCACACGGCACUCACAGAAGCCUCGGAGCAAACGGAGGAGAUGGCACCAGACGCCGAUGUGGACGAUGAACCGGCGCCCGCUCGGCCUCACGGCCAAGACGGCGAUCCCGCGGCCCGCGCCAAACAGAUCGUGGUGAUUGACAGCUCCUACCAGUGCCAGUUCUGCUCCAGCAAGUUCAAGACCUACUUCCAGCUCAAGUCCCACCUCACCCAACACAAGGGGGAGCAGGUUUACAAGUGUGUGGUCAAGUCCUGCUCCCAGACCUUCCAGAAGCUGGAUCAGUUCUUGGAGCACAUCAGGACUCACCAGGAGCAGCUGACGUACCGCUGCCACCUGUGCAGCAAAGUGUUCCCCUCUCUGUUUGAACUGGGAGUGCACCAGUACUCCCACUGCUUCUGUCCGCAGCAGAGCACACGCAAGGAAGCCUCGGUCUACAGGUGUGUGAAAUGUCAAGGCAGGUAUUCUACCCAAGAAGCUUUGGAGCAACACCUCCUGACCGCCUCACACAACUUUCCAUGCCCACACUGCCAGAAGGUGUUCCCGAGCGAGAGGUACUUCCGGCGCCAUCUCCCCACUCACGGCAUUGGCGGAAGGUUCAAGUGUCACAUGUGCAAGAAGGCCUUCAAGACAGAACACUACCUCAAACUGCACACACGCAUUCACUCAGGGGAGAAACCGUACAAAUGCUCCGUGUGCGACGCCACGUUCAACAGGAAGGACAAAGUUAAGCGCCACAUGCUCAUCCAUGAGCCCUUCAAAAAAUACAAGUGUCCUUUCAGGACACACGUUGGCUGCAGCAAAGAAUUCAACAGACCAGACAAACUCAAGGCACACAUUCUGUCACAUUCAGGCAUCAAGCCCUUCAAGUGUCAGCUCUGUCACAAGGCGUUCAGUCGCCGGGCACACAUGCUGGAGCACCAGCAGUCGCACACGGACGAUUACCGCUUCCGCUGCGCCGCCUGCAGCAAAGGCUUCUCCAGGCAGAGUUACUACAGAGACCACAAAUGCUCCGGAGCGGCCAACAAGAGACAGGACCACCACGGGGACGAGGAAGCUGGGAGAAGGAGAAGCGGAGGUGGGUUUACCAGGAGGUCGAGGACUGAGGCGAGGGACCGUGGCGAGCAGGAGGAUGAGGACCGUGGCGAGCAGGAAGAUGUGGACCAAGGCGAGCAGGAGGAUGUGGACCGUGGCGAGCAGGAGGAUGUGGACCAAGGCGAGCAGGAGGAUGUGGACCGUGGCGAGCAGGAAGAUGUGGACCGUGGCGAGCAGGAAGAUGUGGACAGUGGCGAGCAGGAAGGUGUGGACCAUGGCGAGCAGGAGCAUGUGGACCAUGGCGAGCAGGAAGAUGUGGACCAUGGCGAGGGCGGUCAGGUGACGUCUUCCAUCAUGCGGGAAGUUGACAGAGACGCAUCACAGAGCAACUCCUGAAAGUAUUUCUCCUGUUUUGCUGAUUCUUAAGAUGAAGGAAUGUUUGAUAAAUGACUUGUUUUACAUUAAA